CGCAAGAGGGUGUGUUUACAUAGACGUCACAGCAGUUUGCUGAAAGGUUCUGAUCAUCAUGUUUCAUGGGAUACCAGUUACAGGAAGCGUGGGAGGAGCUCCGGCCAAUAAGCCUGAGUUGUAUGAGGAAGUGAAACUAUACAAAAAUGCAAGAGAACGAGAGAAGUAUGAUAACAUGGCAGAGUUGUUUGCUGUCGUCAAGACCCUUCAGGCCCUGGAGAAGGCUUACAUCAAGGACUGUGUCACGCCAAAUGAGUACACUGCUUCCUGUUCCAGAUUGUUGGUUCAGUAUAAGGCUGCUUUCAAACAGGUGCAGGGCUCUGAUGUGGGCUCCAUCGAUGAGUUCUGCAGGAAGUACAGACUCGACUGCCCACUAGCCAUGGAAAGGAUUAAGGAGGAUCGGCCAAUCACCAUCAAGGAUGACAAGGGCAACCUGAACCGCUGCAUUGCAGAUAUAGUUUCUCUUUUCAUCACUGUGAUGGACAAGCUGAGACUGGAGAUCAGGGCCAUGGAUGAGAUCCAGCCAGACCUGAGGGAACUGAUGGAAACCAUGAACAGAAUGAGCAACAUGCCUCCAGACUCUGAGGCUAAGGACAAAGUCAGCCUCUGGUUGACCACCCUCAGCAGCAUGUCAGCCUCAGAUGAGCUGGAUGAUAAUCAGGUGCGCCAGAUGCUGUUUGAUCUGGAGUCGGCGUACAAUGCCUUCAACCGAUUCCUCCACUCCUCCUAAAGCAUCUAUCCAUCGCUGAGUCCAUCUGUUUGAAAUUCUGACUAUCUCUUAAGUUAAAAAUAAACACUCUACUUUCUCCCUAUGGCUAUUGACAGGGAGUGGAUUUAUGUAUGGGUGGGUUUUUUUCUGUCUUAUAUCCCCCAAAUUCUUUCCAUUUGUUUCCCUCAUUAAUGUUGUGUACUAUUCAAACAUCACCGCCUUGUAUACUCCACUAUGUCUGGUAUAUCAUGCUGCUUGCAGCCUUGCCCACCAGGCUUGCCCUGUGCUGUGAGAUGCUCCAUUGGCCUCUUUUCUAGUCAAACUUGUGUGAUAAAUCCUACAUUGGCUGUUUAUUCUGCCCUUGACAAAACAGUUUACUUCUAACUUUGUACUGUAAUAUCAAAAAGGUCUAAUUUUAUACUUAAGUUUUGCAGAGCACCAACAAAAAAGCAUGAUACAGUUAUAUUCGGCAUAGUCUGCACAUGAAGAAAAGGUUGCAACAGCCAAAGCCUUUGUAUUAUUGGAAAGAUGAUUUUUUUUCUUUUUGUUACCCCUAUUCUAUCCAUUACCUGCCACUUGUGGUGAGAUUAGCAUUUUUUGUUCUGUAUACCAUAUUUGUUUUUCUAUUACACGUUUCUACUGUAGAAUCAUACAAUAGUUUUUGUCAAUAGAGUAAAAGAAACUGACAUAGGUUAAUAAGUAAUUGUUUUGACUCCACUUCAAAUUGAUAAUGAUAUGAAACAAUUAUGAAAGGAAUUAUUUGUGUACAUUUUCUAGCCCUGUUUUCUGUUAACAUAGCUAAUCCAUAUUUCAUUUAGAAGUGAGGGUUUGGCCACAUUAAGUGGGCAAAAGCGAGGUGGACGCACCCCCUCCUGACUUUGCUUGCUAAAUAUGUUUCAACCUUCAAGCACCAUUAGGGAGAACAUAUUUAUUAAGAUUUAUCAUUGUAAAUAAUAGUUUUGAUUUUUAAAUAAGAGCCUGUAACACCUUUUUCGAAAUAAAGAUGAAAAAUCUA